AUGUCAUUGCUAAACGCGCCCGACGACGGCUUCGGAACUCCUCGGUGCAUGGAAAUAUCCGAUGUCGAGCCGAUUCUCCGCACUCUCUUCAAUAUCCUCAUCCCCGGUGACAAGCUGACAUUGCUGCGUCAUAUUUUCCCUAGGCGCUUCCUACCAACAAGUUCAUACUUUAUGCAGCUAACAGUUCGGUUGAAACAACAGGGAUGUAAGCGCUGGACAAUUACCCCGCCCUCCUGCGACAAACUUACACUGUUCAAGUUCAUUUCAUCUAGAAUGAAGGAUAGCAUCAUGGUCAUGCGUCAAUCCAAGGACGAGACAAAUCAAACGCAAGACCUGGGCGAAUCCUGGUCUCCGUAUAAGCCUCUGAGCCAACAUCGAGAUUGCACGCGGCUGUUGCGAAUCGAAGCAGCUAAGGAUGGUGAUCCCAUCACCUGCAGCUUGUUCGAAGUCAUCUUCGGUGACAGGCCCAAGUUUGACGCGCUCUCAUACAUGUGGGGAGAUGGUCAAGCUGGGCAAACUAUUACCCUCAAUGGCGUCGGCUUCAACGUCCGGCAAAACCUUUGGGACGCUUUGCACUACCUCCGGAAACACGCUCCUGACACUGAUUACUGGAUUGACGCAAUAUGCAUCAACCAGAAAGACAUACCCGAACGGAAUAGACAGGUCCGUAUGAUGCACCAUAUCUACUUCAGAGCUCAGACCGUUGUCGUAUGGCUGGGAAAGAGAUAUGCGGAAUACGAAGCAGCUUUGCCUGACUUGCAAAGACUUGGCCAUGAUAAACCUUCCAAUGAACAAGUCAAUCCGGAAUUGCCAACAGAUUCACCCCGAACCGACUCUGCUGAACGCAGCUUCGCAGAGAAGUUGUACAAUGACGACUAUUGGAAGCGCCUGUGGAUAAUCCAGGAGAUUGGGCUAGCCCAGAAGAUUAAAGUAUGCUUUGGAGACUCGGCGGCAGAAUGGAAACAGUUUACGCAGUUCAUCACCAUGCACAACUUUGGAUCUAAAGGCCCUAUAAGGUUGGAACGGCAGCGAGAGGAGAAAUAUACCGGGUCAAACACCUUACUUCAGCUACUGCAGGACCAUAAAGAAGCAGAUUGCCAAGACAGGAAAGAUAAGGUAUAUGGCCUUGUAGGAAUGGCUUCAGACGCCCGCGGCUUUUCUAUCGAUUAUAAUAAGUCGGUCUUUGAGAUUUGGACUGACGUGAUGGAAUUUAUGAAUCGACACAGCCUAUUUUUUGACAGGGAUAUCAUAUCCAUCGGGCACCUCGUUAAGUUUCUACUCAUGGGGGCGGAAUGCGACCCCUUGCAACAGAUCCUGCGGCCAUACGCACCUAGAGAU